UUUAAACUUACCAUACUGAAUGUCAGUUGUCGAUGCAGUUUGACUGUCAAAUCUCUUUUACAUUUUACACUGUGUUUGGUCGGCACGUGGAAAAAAUAUUUUAGCCAUUAUGGUUACUCAAAAGAAGCAAAAAAAGGCUAUUGAGAGCAUCAACAGCAGAUUGGCUCUCGUUAUGAAGUCGGGAAAAUAUUGUUUAGGUUACAAACAAACACUGAAGACCCUUAGACAAGGAAAAGCUAAAUUGAUCAUCAUAGCGAACAACACCCCACCCCUCAGAAAGUCAGAAAUUGAAUACUAUGCGAUGCUGGCCAAAACUGGUGUUCACCACUAUACUGGAAAUAAUGUUGAAUUAGGAACCGCCUGUGGGAAAUAUUUCAGAGUGUGUGCCAUGUCAAUUACUGAUCCAGGAGACUCUGAUAUCAUCAAGUCCAUGCCUGCUGGAGAUGGUGGUCCACACUAAAAAUUUUCUAAUUUAGUUUUUUAUUUAAAAUAAAGGAUUUAAAAUGGAAA